CCAUCCUCCACCCUCGCCCCGGCCCGAUGACGCACGUCGCCCUGCGCUCGCUGCGCAGCGCCGCGCGCAGCGUGCGCCACGUGCGCGCGCUCCAUGCCUCGUCUGCGCGCGGCGACUCGGGCCCGUCCGCGGCCGCCGAGCCGGCUGCCGAGUCGGCCGCCUCGAGCUCGGCGGGCGCCUCCUCGUCUGCGUCUGCGUCUGCGUCUAAGCCUGCUGCCGCUGCUUCCUCGUCCACGCCCGCCAAGGGCAAGGCGAGCGAGAAGCAGCAGCAGCAGCGCAAGCGCGCCGCCGCCAUCUCGCCGCUGGACCUCGACAUCAGCUCCUUCCCCUCGCUGCUGCACACGGCGCACCCCGUGCUCGACGCCGUCGAGGUGUACCGCCGCGCACCCACGGCCGCCGCGCCGUACCCGACGACGCUGACAAUGGUCAACAGCGAGAAGCUGUUCGAGGCGACGCCGUCGAGCCCGACACCUACCUGCCCACGGUGACGCCGCUGUCGCGCGCCGACGUGCAGGGCCUGCACCGCCACGUCCUGUGCAUCAACCGCUGCGUGCAGAUGUCGGGCAAGGGCAAGAACGAG